UGGUGUGUAGCUCUACCGGUGCUGAUCUCGCAGGAAAUUAUGGAUUACCCAUUCUUACUUAUUCUUAUUCUCGCUUUUGCGACGGUUAAGUGUCAAAAUGCUACCAUCGCUGCGAACACCACAGAUACGAAAAACGCAACCGUGGAAGCUCAAACGACUGAACCGAAAGAGACGACACUUGCAGUAACGCUUCCAAAUUUAUGUACCGUGUGCAUUUGUACAGAUGACAGCAUAAAUUGCGAUAACAGAAAUUUGACCAACCACUUCGACGAUUCGCAAUGGCCAGAGAAAAGAAUAAAAGUAGCCACGUUCAAAGAGAACUUGCUGGUUCACGUGAAACCGUUUCCGAAAUUGGAGAUCAGGAAAUUGAUCUUGCAAAAGAACAAGAUCACAAAGAUCGACGCUACCGCCUUCAAACAGCUAAUUAAUCUCACUGAAUUGGAUUUGAGCCACAAUCAACUCACAGGAGAAAAUUUGCAACCUCAUGUAUUCGAGGGAAAGUUUUCACCGGAAGCUUACGAACCGCUGGAAAAAUUGGUGGUGUUAAACUUGGCCCAUAACGUGCUGCAUACGUUGCAUCAGGAUAUUUUCGAGCACAUGACGAGUCUGAAAGUGCUCAAUCUAUCCGGGAAUCUGUUUUCGAAGAUCGACAGUCGUACAUCCAUAGCGCUCAGCUCUCUUCCAGACCUAGAAGAGUUAGACUUGAGUUACUGUGGUCUAAAGACUCUCCCGGACAUUCAAUUCUACUCGUCCAGGGUCCUUAAAAAGCUGAAUCUAAGCGGAAAUCAAUUCGCAACCGCGCCGACUGCUCUCAAAGAGGCGACCACACUGGAGAUUCUCUACAUGGACGAAAAUCCGAUUCAAGUUAUCAAUCAUGCACACUCGUUCCCGACUAUGCCGAAGCUGAAGGAGUUAAGCCUCUGUUGCAUGCCUUAUUUGACCAUGGUUGGGUCGGGUGCCUUUGCAGGCCUGACAUCGCUCGAGUCUCUUCGAAUAGAAAAUUGCCCAAAAUUGGAGUCGAUCGACGAUUACGCUCUUACGACCGUGGCGAACUCUGAGGGACCCGAAUGGCCGCCACUAAAGAAACUCGAUUUAUCGAAUAACGCCCUGCGAUAUUUGCCUCAGCAAUUCGUAGCAAGGUGGGACUGGCUUGAAGAAUUGAAUCUGAUGAACAACAAAUGGAGCUGCGAUUGCAAUAAUCAAUAUCUGAUCGGUAUGCUGCUGCCGAAAUACGGCAAGAAGCUGAUGGGAGAAGAAGUAAAUGGACUCACCUGCGCCACACCGCCGGAGCAUGCGGGGAAGAACCUGAUGUCAUUGUCUCAUAGGAAGCUCCGUUGCUUGGAUAUGAACGGCGCGAGGCCUGAAAAAGACGCGACGAUUCUUAUAGGCGUGUUAAUCGGUCUGUUACUCGCCAUUCCUGUCUGUCUUACGAUCUUCGUCCUCUGGCGUCGCGGCUACUUCUUCUGCGGUACCCAAGGCCCGGCCAGCUUCUCGCGAGCCUUCUAUAAGAGAGCCAUGGACGACGACGAGAUUUGAAGCUUCCAGUCCGUCGACGAAUUUCCAUCGAGUUGACUGGACGAAUUAAUACGAUCGAUAUCUUGUCUUGUAGACCCGUGUUUCGUCGAAGCUGUAAAAAGUGUAAGCAUGUCGUGAAUCAUUUGUCAGACGAUUACGGGCGUUCCUUGUGAUAAAGCCGCGAGAAAAGAGUGAUAAGCAAAGAUAUGACAGUUUGAUCAGCAGGACUGCGUUUGAAAUGAAAACCAGCGGGUUAAACGUUUUGUUGAGUUUCGUCAUAGACACUUCAACGAUGUUAAUUUAUGUUAAAUCAUAAUUCAUAGCACAUCUCGUUCUGAUGGAUCCUUUAUUCACGUUUGUAUACGAAGAUCAUGGGAGAGAAGCAUUAGCAGUUUUCUAAUUGCUAUUUUUCACUUGUUAUUUAAUUUAUAGAUCGCAAAGAGCAACCAUAAUUUUUAUUUCAUUCAAUUUUUACGUUUACCUUAAAAAUUAAUUGUAAUAGCGUCUAUUUAACGGAUCGUUUCUCGUGCCAACUAUGUUCCGAGGUAAUUCCUUUUAGUCGUCGAGUGGUAUGAAAAUCACAAAGUCGACUAAAAUGUACAUAUGAUCUUUUAGCAUGAUCUUCUAAUAUAUUUCAUCAUCCACGUGCGUAUUUUUGUAAUAAAGUAUUAACAUGUGUGUUGUUUUCGAAUCAUCCUUCGUAAAUUAUGAUCGAUAUUACGUCGAAAGAGUUUACUUAAGAAGGGACUGAAUAAAAUACGUGUAUAAAUAAUUACGUUGCCUUUCAGUCUGUGGAACGCAUCUGGUAAACACGGAAUGAUCACGUGAGAAAUUACUUAUCGCGAUUGACUUUUAAAUCUCUGUAUAAUUAGCCUAGCUAGAUGACCCUAACUAGCAGCCAUACCACCGUUAUCUGGUUAAUCUUUGAGGAAUUCAUUUACUCUGCAUUCAGUGCUCUGUACGUUUCUACAUUACCCAACCAGCUCGCCCAUUCUCAUAAGCAUGGGGCGUAAUAACUACCUACAGAACCCGAAUAGAACAUGGGAAUUAGCGAUAUAAUAAUUCUUUAAUAAAUACCUACUGACUUCCACAUCGAUCGGUGGACAAAAACGACAUAUAGUUUCUACAAAUUCUAACGACAAGCCUGUACAAAAAUUAGCGACAUGAAAGAUAUUGCUGUCUAAAAUUCCAUAUCAUUUCGUUCCGAUAACUCUUAAUCGAUUAACAGAAAAGAUGAGACAAUCGCUUCGUUUUAUCAGAGACACUAGUAAAAGAUCCUUAGUAAGACCUGAUGAUCCUACGUAAACGAUUAGACGUAUAGUUACUUCGAGGGAUGUAAUGGUAAAA